AGAAACUGAACGCUUCAUACCAGUGGAAACGAUCUUUAUACCUUCGAUAAGGAUGCAGUCUUUCGCAAGGCUGCCAAGUCGUCUGGCUAAAUGCCAGCCGCUUGGCUUCUCUGGCGCUGCUGUACGUCAGCGUCGCUUCAGCUCAUCUCAGAAGCCGUCAUCUCUCAUGCUCGGCACAUCAUCACCGGUCGUUAUGGACCAUUCCAUGCCUUUGUCAUGGUCUCCAAGUACCGAGCAUGUUGAUCCAAGAGACAUUGCUUUGAAUGCAUUCUUUGCUCAGCACCGUCCCUUGGGCAUUGUUCGCGCCUCUGCAUCUGAAAUUAUUGAGAAGGAUCUUGAAACUCUGGGAGAGAGUGACGAGGCGGCAGCUGCGAUGGCUUACAACUUCCUUUACACCCCUUUCCAACCGCCUCCGGCGCCUGUGCCUCAGAGCCAAACCUCGCCUAAAUCGCAAAUCCUUAAGGCUUUGAGAGAAGCACCAACAGGCGUGCUGAUCCGUCCUCAAGAGUUCGAAAGUCUGCCAGUGGAAGCACACGGCCAAAAGCAGGGAUCCCUGGUGCACGCUAUGGGAGCAGUGAACCCAGAAGUUUUGGAUCAGAUCAGGAACACGUUGUUCGGUGAUGCUGUUGGUCAGGAGGAAGUCGAGGGUCUACCUAAGAAGAUGGAAUUGACAAGUGUAAAGAGAAAGAGAAAGUUGAAGAUGAACAAGCACAAGUACAAGAAGAGAAGAAAGGAGCAGCGUGCGUUGAGGAAGAAGCUGGGUAAAUAA